GUUUGACCUUCAAUUGCUCAGUAACCUCCACGAUGGACGAUGCCACUGGAUCAUUGACUUUUCAGUGCACGGAUUGAUUAAAGUUAGUAGUAUUUCUGUUUUCCAGACAAAUUUACCAGUCUUCUUUCUAAUAUCAUUUUCUAACUUCAUGCAAUGGUCAAUUUUUUCACCACUUAAGAUUGUUCUAAAAUUUCUAACCACUAAUAUACUAGUGGUUAGUCAUCUAGGUAGAUGACCUUUUCCAGGGUAAUUUCCCAAGUAAACGAAAUAGGAAAUAGAGGCAAACUCAAGGAAAAUCUUUGAGAUAAUCCAUAUGCAUAUAGAGGACUAAAAAUAGAAUUGUGUGGGUUUACCCCUUUCGCUUUAUGUUUGAAAUGUUGCCGAAUUUCCUCGUUUCGUCUGGCCACAAAUGUUCUCCAUGUUCGCCCUCAUUUCCACUUCAAAACAAAGUUGAGUAGUCUUCAAUUUAUUCUUGUGGACGAGAACGCUUAUAACGUAGACCACUUCUUAUAAUGGUUAUGAAGCAACGUUUAAAACUUGAUCCGAAACUGUUUUUAGCUAAAUUAAAGGGAAAUCGUAAGAAAACUUUUAGUAUGGUGGAGAAAUUAGCGGAACACUCCGUUUUAUUCAAACAACAUGCCAAAGAACUUUCCAAUACAGCAAAAAAUCUUAUCUCUGUUAUGAAAUCUACAGAUGAUCAUACAGUUUAUCUUAAUUCCUUAGUGGAAACAGAACUCAUUAUUUUCUCGUUGAAUGUCAUGUUAAAAUCAUCAGGAGCUCGUCAUAUUUUAGUUGAAAAGGAAUUGUUUGCCUCAUUGAAUGAAUUAGAUCAAUCACUUAACAGUAUUUCACCUCCAUUUAAUGAUGCAACUUUGAGAGAGCUGUCAAUACAGCACCAAAAUCGAGAUCAGCAUAAUUCGAUUGAACGAGGUCCGGGUCCAGUGGGAAUUUUAAAUGACAGUAAUGAUAUUAAAUCAAGUGUAACUAAUCCUAAUGAAGAAGAUUGUCAAAUACCAUCUCAUGUUAAUAAUAAUAAUGUUAUUAAAGCUGAUUGCAGCUCCUCUACUGAGCAGUCAAAACGCAAAUCUUUAAAACGUGUGAGAAAGCUUAGUAGUAAUAAUGAGGAGUGUUUGACCUGUAAAUAAAUCAGUUUUUACAUGAUCA